AUGACCCACUUAAACACGCGUGCCACGACGCGUUUCUGUCGCGUCCGCAACGCGUCUUUUCCCACUUCACACCUGUGGAUAUUGGGUGAGCUUGUUUCCUGCGACAUCUGUUACAACUGCUGCAUAGCCCGAAGACCAAAGAGGACCAGUGCUGGCGUGGGAGUUGUUGAUAGCUCCGUCAUCAGACCUGCAAAGGCCUGCUUCCGGUGCUUUGCCUCGACCAACCCAACCCCUACUUCUGCGCGCUUCCCAGACUUCACGCGCGUCGUACCUUGCCUUGCACCUGGCGAACGGGCGGACCGACCAACGGGAGGUCGAAGCCUCUGUUUUGCUUUGCUGUGCUUCCACUCUUUCCCCUCGUCGCUCGUCCGGACCCUCGUCGUUCGCUGCUUCAUGAUCCGCUGCACAUGCACACCUGUCGUGGCGCUUCCCACACCACGCACCUCACCGCACAUCGCUUCUUCAGGGUCUUCGUUGCAAAAACAAGACGUCGCACACCCGGCCGCUCCACUCCGCUACAUGCGCUGGCGGCCCUUGAGGCUUCUGGACUUGUCUCGAGCCGCUACUGGCGUGCCCCGUCGUCUCCCAUUCGUAUCCUGCGUCCCGCCCUGUUCCCGGCUCUCCAAGCAAGGUUCGCGCCACCCGCUCUUCUCUUUCUCUCUCUCUUCUCCACCCCGCCCACCGUCCAUCGUCGCUGGACCUUGCCAUACAUACCACACCGGUCCGCCUCAACCCAAUCCUCCCCGAUCUUCCUCCUCCCACCUCUUCGCCUUCAACCACAGUCGUUCCUUUUUCGCAAACAUCAACCGUCCUCCGGUGGCGGGGGUUGCGCCGCGAUUUCCCCCGAUAAGCCCACGAGCUUUCUACCGCCAGUAUAGACGACGACGCCUUUGUUGUUGUUGUUGUUGUCUUGUGAAUCCGGCUUCCGGCUCGUCGCGACGACCCAUUUCCUUGGUUCUACACAUAAACAUACACACCACACACACACACACACACACACGCACAUUGCGCCAACGAACCUUCCCCCCCGACAUCCACGAACCCAUCUACGACCCUUGAAACGAAACGACGACCACGACCGCGACGAAGACGGCUACACCGUUUUACUUUUUUCUGUGUUUUAUUCGACUCUGGCUUUCACGGAAGAGCCUUUGCAAAUUCAACGUCCCUCGAAUCCAGGCGAGGCCGUCGCAUACCUGAUUUGUGUUGAAUCUAGCGCACCAUACCAACCAGCGCAAUUGCCUCAGUCGCAUUCGAUCAGUCCAAAACUUUGCAUAUUAGACGACUCGCGCCGUACACUUCUGUACCCUCCCCCGCGCGCGCGCACCUUUCGGGAUCGGCAUUAGCUUCCCUUGGAGCCGUUGAGGCUUGGAGGCCUUCCCACGCGCUACCAUCCCAGACAUUUGGACGGUCGAGUUCCCGCUUGUCUCUUAUUUCCGCCACAACAGACGAGUGAAA